AUGGGGCGCCUGACGGAGGCGGCGGCAGCGGGCGGCGGCGCUUCAGCGGCGCGCUCGGCCGGGCCCCCUCCCGCUCCCCUUCCCCUGUCUUCCACCUCCCCCGGGUGCACGGCCACCAUGGCGUCCAGCGAGGAGGACGGCGCCAACGGCGGCGCCUCGGAGGCCGGCGAGGAGCGGGAGGCCCCCGGCAAGAGGAGGCGCCUCGGCUUGUUGGCCACCGUCUGGCUUACCUUCUACAACAUCGCCAUGACCGCGGGGUGGUUGGUUCUAGCUAUUGCCAUGGUACGUUUUUAUAUGGAAAAAGGAACACACAAAGGUUUAUAUAAAAGUAUUCAGAAGACGCUUAAAUUUUUCCAGACAUUUGCCUUGCUUGAGAUAGUCCACUGUUUAAUUGGAAUUGUACCUACUUCUGUGAUUGUGGCUGGGGUCCAAGUGAGUUCAAGAAUCUUUAUGGUGUGGCUCAUUACUCACAGUAUAAAACCGAUCCAGAAUGAGGAGAGCGUGGUGCUUUUUCUGGUCGCGUGGACUGUGACAGAGAUCACUCGCUAUUCCUUCUACACAUUCAGUCUUCUCGACCACUUGCCAUACUUCAUUAAAUGGGCCAGAUACAAUUUUUUUAUCAUCUUAUACCCUGUUGGAGUUGCUGGUGAACUUCUUACAAUAUAUGCUGCCUUACCCUACGUGAAGAAGACAGGAAUGUUUUCAAUAAGACUUCCUAAUAAAUACAAUGUCUCUUUUGACUACUAUUAUUUUCUUCUUAUAACCAUGGCCUCAUAUAUACCACUGUUUCCACAACUCUAUUUUCACAUGUUACGCCAAAGAAGAAAGGUGCUUCAUGGAGAGGUGAUUGUAGAAAAGGAUGAUUAAGUGAUCCCUGCAAACAAGGUGCUUUUUCCAGAAUAACCCGGAUUACUUGAGUCCAAGUUUUAAUAACAAGAAUAAACAACUUUAUGAAAUAUUACAGCUUGUAUGAUUUCUUAGAAUAUAACUUGAGAUGUGGUAUUUGCCAAUAUUUGUCUUCACAUUGUGCAAGGUCAGUUUCCUAUAAAAACUGUGCGUGUGUUUAUUAUCAACUCCCGGGUAGGUGAUGAUCAUGAAGAAAAUAAUUGGCUGUGUUA